UGUUGAUGCAUCGUUCGAUGAACUGAAUUCUACGCAAUUUGUCGCAUGUUAACCCAACAACACCAAGAUGUCUGAAUUGUUUAUUUACGGACGUAAUAGUCGCGGAAAGAAAACACUGAUUUAUCAAGGCUAUGAAUACCUUAGACACCGUAAAACUGCAAGUUCUGUCACCCAUUGGCGCUGCGUAAAACGAAGGAGCAACAAUUGCAUGUCGGUCAUGCAUACGAUGGGGGCCGAAAUAGUGCAGAACCCGGGUGAACAUACAUGCAGCGAAACAACGCCGCCAAAUCAACUGGACAAUUUGGAUAUACCCACACAUUCUUUUGAAAAUGAAGAACUUCCAGAUGCUAUGUCCACUGAACAGCUUGACGGUACAGAUCCUACGAUAAAACUCCUGGUCCAAGAGGUGUCCCAAUCACUACUGAAGAAAAAUCUUAGUAUCCAAGAACCUGAUAGUUCAGACACAAAUCUGAACAAGUCCGAACAUCAGACAUAUCUUCAAAAAAACACGUCUACCAAGGAGCCUGAGAGGACACACAAAGGUGUGCGCAGGACUAGGAUUCAAGGGUUGGUUCAAGCACACCUGGAGGAAAAUGUGACAAGUGAGCAGUUGUUAACACCUCCAGUAGAAAAUGACUUCAACUCACAACUUGUGCACGAUGAGUUAGAAGUAGCUGCUGUAAAUAUAAAGCAGGAGUUGUUAACAGAGCACGCAAUAAAUCUAGAAUUGGUGGAAGAAGAAGACAUAAAGGAUAAAGAAUUUAUUUUACAUGACAACAACAGCCAAGAUGUGAAUUUUCCUCCUACUCCUGUGAGUAGUGGAAGAUGGAGAGGGAUCAUCGAAUCUUUUGAUGUGGAUGAGUUAUUUAACAUUCAGUUGACGGUGGCAAAAUUAGACCAACAGAUAAAGAAGGAGGAACUAAAUUUUGUUAGAAUGAAGGCAAGAAACGAGGAAGAAUGUCACCAAUUGAGAAUGAAAAUCAUGUUACAUCUAUUUAAUAACCUUUAAUAAAUACAAAAUAAAAUUUUCAAAUAUA